AUGGCGACCAUAAAGGCACGCCACAAAAGCCACUGUGAUCGCACAAGCUCUUGCGACGAGCGUCGGUGUGUGCAUGGAUCCGCUGCUCACACGUGCUGGCAGGCAGCCUGCAGCCGGUGCCCUCGUGCCAGUUCAUCGGCUCCAUCACGGAAAAGAGAAAACGGCCUAUUCCCGAUGCACUUAUUCCCACCAGCAGCACCAACACGCUGGUCGCCAGCCGUCAUUCCUCACCACAUCCAGGAAUGCCGAAAAGUGCCGUGGAGCUGUCAGCCAGCAAUGCCACAAUCCCCGCACACAUGUCGGCUCCACCAGAGAAGACACACAAAUCACAAACAACACCCCUCACAUGUUUUCCGAACAUCGCUCCGACACACCGCGACACGCCAAACAGAAGUAUUCGUCACUCCACGCACCUCCCCACACAAUCAAAUAGUCCACGCACCACGCACGGCAGCAGCCCACACCCGUCAAACAAGCGCUCUUCGGAGCAGUGUUGUCCACGUCCUGCAGUGGGAAGUAAACAAACGAGACAGGCUGCCAAACCCAAAGGAGUGCCACGACUGGCCGCAAGUCGACGGAGCGCUGCCACUCAAAACAAUUCAGUCCUCAUGCCCUCAGCCUCCCACCUUCUCCCACAAUAGCCCCAAGAGCUGCAAAUCAAACGCGCAACGCCCCUUCCCCAGCAGCAGCCGCCAACGGAGCGCAAGCCCCGCUGCACACACCACGACGAUUCCACUCAUCGUGCCGACGGUCCGCAGCGCCAGCUCAGCGCCACACUCCACCGCCCCGCCGUCCCACGGAGACAUCUUGCCUCCAACAAAAUAA